AUGGUUACCACUUCAGCGAAAGUUCCAAAGAAGACUUCGUCAAACAAGCUGAAGGAUUUGUUUUCAACAGACAUAAAAAACUCGGAUGAUGUUAGAGGAAGUGUGAAAUAUCUUGACAUUCAAUUACUCGAAUCAACUGUUGAUCAUCGGGGUGUACCUUUAGUCAAGCCAAAUUAUCAUCAAAGAAUAUCUUGUAAUACACUGAUGGUAGAUGGAUUUCAAGCAAACAAAUUAAAACGCCCUACAAAUCGUUAUUUAAGUACAAACAUAAGUAAUAACGAACAAAUACCUACACAAUGGAAUCGUUUUGUUGAAUCAUCAUUAUCAUACCCACAGAAAAAUAAAAGCAGCGAACAAGUGAAUGAAGAUGUGAAUAAGACAUUGAAUCAUCAUCGAUUUAAAGAUUCAAUAAAACUGAGAAAUACAACAACAAAAUUACCUACUACUAAUUUUUGCUCAAAAGAUACAUUGAUGAAAAAUAAUGAAAAAGACAAUAAUAAAUCCUCCAAAAAUGGCAAUGAUCUAUUUAAUAAUGAAAAACUAUCAUCUGAAAUUUCUAACGUUUUCAUGGAAAAUGAUCGUGUCAAAAAGCAAACGAUCCUAUGUUAUGAACAGAUGAAUCUAAAAAGUUGUCCAAAAAUUGAUUCAAAUCAAAUAUACCGCUUUUUAAGUCUUCAAUACAAUCAAAUCUAUCGGAUUGAACAUUUACAACACUUAACAAAACUUGUUUAUUUAAAUAUUUCAGAAAAUCAACUCACAACAAUGAAUGGUCUUGAAACAUUAUAUUCUUUACGUAUAUUAUUAUUAGGAAAAAAUCAAAUUAAACAAAUUUGUUCAUUAGAAAAUUUAUAUAAUUUAAAUGUACUUGAUUUAAAUCAUAAUCAAAUAAAAAUAAUUGAAAAUUUAACACAUUUAACAAAAUUAAAUUGUUUAAAUUUAUCAUUUAAUUAUAUUACAUCAGUAAAUGGUUUAUCUGGAUUAAUUUCAUUAAAUGAAUUAAAUUUAAGACAUAAUAAUAUACAAUAUAUUGAAUCAAUUGAAAAUGUUCCAAAAUUAAUUUGGAUAUUUUUAAGUUUUAAUCAUAUUGAAAGUUGGUCACAGAUUAGUGGUUUAGCCAAUUUAAAUUUAUUUGCUCAAGUUACUUUGGAUGGAAAUCCCAUUGUAUCUGAUCCAACUUAUCAGAAGAUGAUAUCAAAUGAUAAAAGAUUUUUUAAAGACAAUACAACUGUUUAUUCAUUAAAACCUAAUCCUAGUGAAUCAAUCAACAAAAUGAAUAUGAAUGGACGAUGUUUACUCAAAAGAAAUGUACCAAUUUCAUUUUUAUUAGAUGAACAACAACUGACGACAACUAGAAAAACAAAUAUUAUUCACGGACUGUUGAAUUAUUUCAAAGAAAAUGAACAGCAUGAUAGUAUGCAUCGGGAGAAUUCUAUUGAUAAUUCUAUAAAUUCAUCCACCGAGAAUCUUACAGAAUUAAUGAAUCAAAAUGAUUCAACACUACCUCGAAAUGAACAGAAUUUAACAUAUUUCCCAAAUAACUUAUCUAAUCUAAGUCAAUCAAAUUUAUCAUUAUUGUCAACCCCUUCGAAUCUACAGUAUUCUUCUCCUACAUCAACAGCAAAUCAAAUGAAGAAGAGUGAAAACAACUGGACAGAAGAAGUCACAAAUGUCAAUGUUGAGAUAAACAGUAGUGAUAAUAAUAGUAAUAAUAUGGUCGGUUACAGUUCGAUUGGAACACUGACAGAUGAAAGUAUUCUAUUUCCUUUGAUUCCAUCAAGAAGAAAUAAUUUAUUGAAAUUUACAUAUUAUCUGAAAGGAUUAACUCAUUUAGUCUUAGAAGGGAUUUUUUCUAAAACAAUAUUUGAAGUAGUUGAUGAUGAUAAUAACGAUAACAAUGAUCAUGUGUAUAAACUAUCAAACGUUAUUGAAAACAACAGUAAAUUUGAGAAACAAACAAACGAAUCAACAGAACAUGCGAGUAAUUUUGAUUGUUUUUCUUCACUAGUCAAUCAUUUACAAUGUAUCCAAUCAAAUAAUAAUAGUAUUGAUAAUAAUAAUAAUAAUAAUAAUAAUAAUAAUAAUAAUAAUAAUCUCAUUAUAUCUAGAGAUGACGAUGAAGAUGAGAUAAUGACACUGAAAGAAAAGAAGCUAACUAUUAGAAAUGUGAAUUGGAAUGAAUUUGUAAUUUGUAUACAUAAAUUACAUGAAUUACUACCACAAUUAAAGGAAUUAAAUCUUGAAAAUAAUGGACUUAAAUAUUUGCAUCAAAUUACUGAUCUAAUUGAUUUUGAAUAUUUAACUGCAUUACAUAUAACUGGUUCAAAUAGUAAUCCAAUUGUUGAACAAGCUGGUCAAUUAUGGCGUCCAUUUAUUAUAUGGAGUCUUACUGAUUCAUUAAAUUUAACAUUUUUAGACGGUCAACUUGUAAGUAAUUCAAAUAUUCUAUAA